CUGGGACGUGAGCUUCCGACCAUGUCUGCCGUCCGCCAUGGCAUCAUGGCAUCAUGGCAUCAGGCAUCGUGCCUCAUGCCCUCAUGCCCUCAUGCCCUCGCAUUUAAAGAUCCCUGGGCGGCCCCAUGAAUGGACCCCCCCCCAUCCAGGUCCACCCGGCCUUCUUCCAUCGCCUCCAUCAUGCCCUCCCCCUUUGCAUCAUGGCCGCUGUCGCCAGACUUGUUGCAGGACCUGUCCAAGGUCAUGACGCCCACGGGCGUCGCCGACUAUAUCGCCCUGACCCUCCUCUCCAUGGUCAGCGCCACCUACCUGUCGCGCGGCAUCCUCUGGGACCAGCCCGACCCCUACAACUAUCUCUGGUAUGAGCGUCCCCAGCUGAAGAUGGGCGGUGCAGCGGGCGCCAACGCCCGUCAGGAGACCCGGAACAUCGCCCAGAAGCUGGAAGAAGCCGAGAAGAACGUCGUCGUCUUCUGGGGCUCGCAGUCGGGCACCGCCGAGGGCUUCGCCCACCGGUUGGCGCGUGAGAUCGCCCUCCGGUUCCGCCAGGGCACCAUGACGGCCGAUCUGUCCGAUUAUGACCCGGAGACCAUUGCCCAGAUCCCCCCGUCGAAGCUGGCGAUCUUCAUUCUGUCCACGUAUGGCGAGGGAGACCCCAGCGAUAACACGGCGGAAUUCUGGGACUGGAUCAACAAGGCCCAGGACGUCUCGCUGGCCAACGUGCGAUACUGUGCCUUUGGCCUGGGCAAUAGCAACUACAAGUUCUACAACCGGGUCGUGGAUGUCGUCGCCCAGGCCCUCGAUCGUCGCGGGGCCCAGUCCCUCCUUCCCGUGGGCAGGGCCAACGACGCCGAGGGCGCUACGCAGGAGGAUUUCAUCAGCUGGAAGGACGAUCUGUUCACCAUGUGCAAGGACCAUCUGGGCUUCGCGGAAGGCGAGGUCCAGUACCUGCCGACCAUGGCCGUCGAGGAAGACGAGUCCUUGGAACCCAUUGAUCUGCAUCACGGCGAACCCGAUGUCCGCGAGACCACCAAGGCGUCGGCGCAGUGCUCCCCCGUGCGGCCGGUGACCAUUGCCAGUGCCCGGGAGCUCUUUGAGGCAUCGGACCGGCACUGCCUGCACAUGGACCUCGAUCUGUCCAGCGUGCCCGAGUUCACGUACAAGACGGGAGACCACUUGGCCAUCUGGCCGAGCAAUCCCGACGCGGAGGUGGAGCGUCUGCUGCAGGUCCUGGGCCUCGCGGCACGCCGAGACAUCCCCAUCUCGAUCAAAUCCCUGGAUGCGGCCACCAAAGUGCGCGUCCCGACCCCAACGACUGCGGCGGCGCUGCUCCGCUACUACCUGGAGGUCUGCGCCCCGGUCAACCGGGACCAUGUGCUAGGGUUGGCGCAGUUUGCACCCACCCCCGAGGCAAAGACCUACCUGCUUCAACUCGGACAGGACAAGGCUACCUAUGCCAACUUUAUCAACCGCACGCACGUCAACCUGGGCCGACUGCUGCAGUUGGCGGCCCCGGACACCCCGUGGUCCGCGCUGCCCCUCUCCUACCUCGUCGAGACCCUCGCUCCCAUCCAACCCCGAUACUACUCCAUCUCCUCCAGCAGUGUGCUUGCCCCUCGCAAGCCAUCCAUCACGGCCAUCGUGUCCACCACCCCCGUGCCCGAGAACCCGGAGGAGCUGGUCCACGGCGUCACCUCCAACUACCUCCUCGCGCUCUCGGAGAACCGCCGCGACGCGACCCAUCCCCAUGGCCUGACCUACCAUCUCAACGGCCCCAGCGACGCCCUGCAAGGCGGCCAAGUCUUUGCGCAUCUCCGCAAGAGCAAGUUCAAGCUGCCGCGGGUAGGCAGCUGUCCCCUCAUCAUGGUCGCCGCCGGCACGGGUCUUGCCCCCUUCCGGGCCUUCAUCUCCGAGCGGCGCCAGCUGCAACAGAUCGGCCGGGACGUCGGCGAAAUGAUCCUGUUCUUCGGCUGUCGCCGUCCCGAUGAGGACUACAUCUACCGGGACGAGCUCGCCGAACUUCAAGCGGCCCUCGGCGACCGACUGCGCAUCGUGACGGCCUUCUCCCGGCAGGCAGGCACACCGCGGCAGUACGUCCAGGACCGCAUCGCCGAAUGCGGCAACGACGUGAUCCGACUCCUCGACGAGGGCGCCAACCUGUACAUCUGCGGUCGGGCCGGAAUGGCCCGCGACGUGGAGAAGACGGUCGGACAGGCGAUGCAGCAGACCAAGGGAUGGAGUGCUAGUCAAUGGAACGACUGGAGUAAGGCGUUCAAGAAGCGCGGGAAGUGGCAGGAGGAUGUGUGGGGGUAGUUUUCUCACCUGUGAUCCGAGUCAACGAUCAUGACCGAAGUCAAUGGUAUCUUACAUCACACAUCUCUUGAGCAAUGCCAUAACGAUCACAUACCACAUCAU